AUGGCAAGCAACAGAUUGCCUGAUGAAAUCAGGAGUCUCAUAUGCGGCUAUGUCAGCGAUGAUCUUACAACCAUCUUGUCACUACGCCGAGCUUCCAGGUCAUGGGCAGCCGCCGGUCUGGAAGAACUCAUUUUACCAACGUUCCGAAUUUGGCGCUACCGACAUGACGUGAACCGACUUAUGAGAAUCAGAGCGCAUCCAACGCUACGUGUCAUUGCAGCUUGUAAGAUUAAGAAGAUCUCACUGAUGGACACAGGAUACGACCUCCGAGCUCUCCGGGGGCUUGCUAUGGAACUUUAUACAACAGACGACAAAGAACCGGCGUUCCAGGAGCUUGAGAGGCAUAUUACACAGCGAGAUACUGAUAUCAAGCUUUGGGAAGAUACGGAUCUUCUGGUAGACUCCCUCAAGGUAGUACCCAGCGUCCACACAAUCAGGAUUUUUCAUGCCUCGCCAUUUAACAAUAGGUAUUUAACUAACCUAUAUGAGUGGUAUUUCGACCGCUGUAUAGUCGAUCCAGGCAAACAACUCCGGGAUAUCCUAUGGGCUGCAGAAGCUGCCAAUCUGCCUAUUCGACACCUCAAGCAUCAAUGGCUGCCACCGGCUUUCUUCCGGCGUGUCAAUACGGGUGCGAGCAUGUAUCCCCCGUUUUUUUGUGACAUCCAGACGGCUAUGGGGAGUCUGAGCUCACUCCACCUAGCGAUAAAUGAGGACGAUAGUGUUCCGACUUUCUUGACCAAAGCCCGUGCCAGGCGAUUAUUCUGCCGGCUAAUAGAGUCAGCUCCUAACCUAGAAGAGCUCUCUCUAGACUUCAAGAUCGGUAUGGGGCCAGUACCAUGCACUGAGCUCUUACCAACCAAGAUGCACAAGUUGCAUACGCUUUUAAUACACUUGUGGCAUAUGGACCUUAAUUCCGUACUUGAAUUCGUUAGGUCCCGUUAUCCUCAGCUGAAACGCCUAUCACUCAGUAAAAUAUCCAUGCUCGAGUCGAAUACUUCCUGGAUAGAAUGUUUUACAAAGGUCAAGUCAGCUUUAGGACCUAACAUAGAAAAGUUCCAGCUGGCUGCUCGCCUGUACGGUAGUGGUGGAUUUUUCCAUCUGCCCCUAAUAUAUGACACCAAACAUGACUGGAAACCCCGCAACUAUAUACUUGACCCGGAUCCCCGCUGCCAUUUUGGACCUGAAAGAAUAGCGCUAGCAAAGCGUAUUGAAGAUUUUGUCCUUAGAGAUGCUCCCUUCCCUCACAAGGACGAUUUUCGAUAA